UGACGUAAAGUCAUGAGUUAACAACCUAAAAGCAAAUUAUAACUAACAUAAACUACAACAUUUGCAAAAAUACAGUAAGAAACCAAUAUAAUACAAAGGUUGAUCAUCACUGUAAUAUAAUAUUCAACUCAGCUAAUUAUUGAAAAACAAAAGUGUAAUAUUUCUUUUGUCGGAAACAAGAUCCGCAUAAAGGUUCCGGCACUAAUCAAACGAAUGUCGCCGCGUUAAGACCGCGUUCAAUGUGCAAGCUAUAAUAGCUAAUAGCUAUACUAUAUUUUGUUACUACGAAGUUAUAAAUAGAGCAUUUAAUAAAUUAAAAUUACAACAGUUCGAGAUUUCAAGCCGGGUGCAUUAUCAGUUUCAAAAUCAGAAUGGGCUCGCAACCUAUUAACCACGCUGCUGAAAUGACUGAAACCACACCAUUUUAUUCGCAAGUUUGUGAAAAACCGAAUGAUCCGCUCAAUUAUUCUCAAGACAUGGAUGCGUACCUGAAAUACCAGGAUUUGCUCCUGAAUCCAUCUUUAGAAAUUCCAUUAUCAGGUACACCAGCAAAAAGUCAGAAGAAAAUCGCUAAGAAAGGAAAGAGGAAAAUAAAAGAAAUGGGUUUAAAUUCCCAUGUCAUGAGAAAGGUUACAAAAGGAAAGCGUCUGAUUAAAAUCAGUAUAUCCGAUUUGGAGCAAUCAAAUAUCGAAUCUAAUGGGGUUACAGUACAAUAUGUUGUUCAAGAUGACUAUGAUGAGUUAUUAAAUGCAACUGAAGGUCUGGUAGAAAAAAUUGUAAAAAAGUUGAGUGAAGUGAGUAAUUAUUAGAAAAUUUUAUGUUAUAAAAUGUACUUUACUUUUUAGUUAG